AUGACAAUCCGCCCUAUGAAGUUCACUCCCGAGGUCCUCCUCGGCGCCCCCAGGCGGUCCUCGGCCGUCCCCAACGCCGCAGGCACCCUCGCCGUAUAUACCCAAACAUCUUACUCAUUCGAAUCGCAUUCCAAGACCAACGAGAUCCGCGUGCUCGAUAUUGAUUCCGGGCGAUCGGCUCUUAUCACCAAUGAUCCCGGUGCGAGCAAUCCGCAGUGGCUGGGCGAUAGCGACGAGCUCGUCUGGCUGAAGCUCAAGGCCAACGGCAAUACGAGCUUCAUCGUCGGUAAUGCGCGCGAGGCUGAUAAAACAUACACUGCUGGGACUGUCCCGGGCCCAGUGUCGGACUUGAAGCUCACUGUCAUCGAGCCGGGGAAGAUUGGUUUCGCUGUCUCGGGCAAGGCCAACCCAGACGGAUCACUGUUCAACCCGUACGAUGCGAAGAAACCAAUCACCACGGGGCGCCUAUAUACUUCAUUGUUUGUGCGGCAUUGGGAUUCGUACAUUGACCCCCAGAAGUAUGCCAUCUGGUAUGGCCUGCUUGAGCAGGCGCCCUAUACGCCGGCUCGCAGACAGGCAGGCAAGUACUCGGUCUCUGGCCUUACGAAUUUGAUCUCUGUGUCUGGACUGGGGUCGGUCGAAUCGCCAAUUCCCCCAUUCGGCGGCACUGGCGACUUCGAUAUUAGCCCCUCAGCUAUUGUAUUCAUUGCGAAAGACCCGACCUUGAAUCCGGCUACGCAUACUGCCUGCUCCGCCUACUACGCCCCCAUGUUCUCGUGGACUAGUAUGAGCGUCUCGGAUAUCAAGCCCUACAAGAUUACAAGCCUCGAGGGUGCAAUGGCUUCGCCUGUGUUGUCCCCAGACGGUGGCUCAAUUGCCCUACUGGCUAUGCAGAAGGAUGGGUACGAGUCAGACAAAAAUCGAAUUGUAUAUGUCCCCAACCCCUGGAAUGGCGAGAUGUUCGAAGUUUUCGAAAGCGAGGACGGAAAGGGCGAUUGGAAGCUCAGUCCUUCAGCCGUGUCCUUUGCUCAGGAUGGCAAAUCCUUGCUCAUUCAGGUGGAGGAUAACGGCCGUGGGGUCUUGUACCAGCUGGCUCUUGAUGGCAUUAAACAGGCUAAGCCUGAUGCGUUGAAGAAACUAACUUACGAAGGGUUUGUAAAUGAUGUUGUUCCUGCUGCGGCCAAAACAUCUAGGCUAUUUGUCUCUAGCUCUAGCCUAGUGGACAACAGCGUGUUUUCCAUCAUUGAUCCGGCUCACCCAGAGAAUGCACAGGUCGUGUCAUCGAACACUCGAGGGGGAUCUGCCUUCGGUCUAUCAUCAGCGCAGGUGGAUGAAUUCUGGUUCAAGGGAGCCGAUGACUACAAGGUGCACGCCUGGGUGGUGAAGCCAUCACAUUUCAAGCCUGGGGAGCGAUACCCCUUGGCCUACUUGAUCCACGGCGGUCCCCAGGGAGCAUGGAAUGAUCAGUGGAGUACUCGGUGGAACCCCGCUGUGUUUGCCGAACAAGGGUAUGUCGUGGUUACGCCCAACCCGACUGGCAGCACCGGCUACGGCCAGGACUUCACCGACGGAAUCUGCGGUGAGUGGGGUGGCCGGCCAUACGAGGACAUUGUCAAGGGCUUCGAAUAUAUUGAGCAAAACCUCCAGUACAUCGAUACCACUCGGGCUGUAGCACUGGGUGCGUCUUACGGUGGGUAUAUGAUGAACUGGAUCCAGGGCCACCCUCUUGGCCGCAAAUUCAAGGCGCUGGUUACCCACGACGGCGUGUUCAGCAUGACCUCGCAGCUAGCAAGCGAAGAGCAGUACUUCCCCCUGCACGAUUUGAAAGGCCCUAUCUGGAAGGUUCCCGAGAAUUGGUCGAAAUGGGAUCCAUCGCGGUUCACCGAGAAUUGGGCGACUCCUCAUCUCAUCAUCCACAAUGAGCUGGAUUACCGUCUGACCAUUGCGGAAGGUCUCUCCGCAUUCAACGUGUUGCAGAUGCGAGGUGUGGACAGCGCGUUCCUGACAUUCCCUGACGAGAACCACUGGGUGUUGAACCCGGAGAACUCUUUGAUGUGGCACCGAACCGUACUGAACUGGAUCAACAAGUAUGCUGGACUUCCGCCAGUUGCGGAUGAGCCCGACCUUUCUGCGGGUGUGUCCAAUAUGACUCUCUAA